AUGUCGUUGUCUAUGGAGCAGCAGCCUACCCUUCUCUGCUGCGGCACCCUCUUUGUUGAUGUCGGUCGGCUUACCGAGAUGCCGCCCAAGCGUGCCGAAGCCUGGGUUUUCGCCAGAAUAACUAUUUCCCGCUUUGCCCCCUCUGCCAGCUAUUACCACUCCGGUCCCUUUGCACACCGACAUUUUGCAUGGCUUGCAAAGAGUGGAGUGAUGCAGCUACGACCACGAUGGGCGGUUUUAUGCCGAGAAGCCAGAGGCCAAGAAGAUGAAGAACAAGAACAGGAUGCAGCAGCAGCAGCAGCAGAAGAAGAAGAACAAGAAGAAGAAGAAGAAGAUGAUGAUGAAGAUGAUGAUGGAGAAGAAGAAGAACGAGCAGAAGAGGCAGCGCUUGCUUUGAGGCGACAUCUGGACGCCAGGCUCUGA